UGCUGAAAUAAGCCAGAGCUCAGUAGGAUUUCAGUCAUGUCUCGACUAAGAGGUGUCCAUUUGCCGGUGCUGCUGUGGGGCUGUGUUUGCAUAUGUCUGCUCAGCUUUGCCAAGGGGGCGCUCAUCAUUUCAGAAGAACAGAAAGCCGCUCAGGGGGUGAGACCUGAGUCCAGGUCACUGCAGAAAAGAAGUGCAAAUGAGGCUCAGGUGGAGGUGCUCAGUGUGACGGUGGACUGCACGGUGACGUCUCGUUUUGCUCACACCGUCAUGACCUCUGUGGCUCUGAACAAAGCCAAUGUGUCCCAGGAAAUCUUCUUUAAAGUGGAGCUGCCGAAGACAGCCUUCAUCACCAACUUCAGCAUGGAAAUUGAAGGUCAGGUGUAUGUCGGUGAAGUGAAGGAGAAAGAAAAGGCCAAGAAACAGUAUGAGAAGGCCGUCUCCUCUGGACAGACUGCUGGACUGGUCAAGGCCUCUGGCAGGAAGAUGGAGAGUUUUUCAGUGUCCGUCAACAUUGCUGCAAAAAGUAACGUGACUUUUAUUCUGACCUAUGAGGAGCUCCUUCAGAGGAAACUGGGCCAAUAUGAGAUUUUAACAAGAGUCCAACCUAAGUCACUGGUUCAGGACUUUAAGAUAAUGACAAAUAUUUACGAACCACAAGGCAUUGCUUUCCUGGAUGCCCAUGCAACGUUCCUCACCAAUGACUUGCUCCCCCUGGUGGACAAAACUGUCACAGACAAAAAGGCCCACAUCUCCUUUUCACCAACGGUGGAGCAGCAGAGGAAGUGUCCAGGCUGUGAUGGAACGCUCAUUGAUGGAGAUUUUGUCAUCAAGUAUGACGUCAAUCGAGGAGAGAGAUUUGGGGACAUUCAGAUUGUCAAUGGGUACUUUGUGCACUUCUUUGCUCCACCUGGCUUGCCAAGAGUCCCAAAAAACAUUGUGUUUGUGACUGACAAUAGUUGGUCAAUGUCAGGAAGAAAACUCCAGCAGUCAAAAGAUGCACUAGUGCAUAUCCUUAGUGAUCUCCACGAAGAGGACUACUUUGCUGUCAUUAAGUUUGACCAUAUUGUUUUACCCUGGAGAGAUUCACUUUCCAAAGCAACAAAGGAAAACGUAGAGGAAGGAAAGACAUUUGUAAGAAAACAUCAUCCUGUGGGAGGCACAGACAUCAACCUAGGCGUGUUAAGAGGAGUUGACAUGUUGGUCAAAGACAGACAGGAGAAUAGACUUCCUGAGAGGAGUGUUGACAUGGUCAUCCUACUGACUGAUGGGAUGCCAGUCUCAGGAGAGACCAACACAAAGAAAAUCCAGGAGAAUGUACAGUCAGCAAUUGGAGGAAAAAUGUCUCUCUUCAGUCUUGGAUUUGGAAAUGAUGUUGAUUAUUCCUUCCUGGAUGUGAUGAGCAAACAAAACAAAGGAAUUGCUCGUAGAAUAUUCGAAGCUUCAGAUGCUGCACUUCAACUGCAGGGUUUCUAUGAUGAAAUUGCCAGCCCUCUGCUGUCUGAGGUGGAACUACGUUACCCUGACAACGCAGUGGACUCUCUGACCAAAAACCACUUCAACCAUUUGUUCAACGGCUCAGAGAUUGUGGUUGCUGGUCGUCUGACAGACAAUGACCUGGAUAACUUCCUGGUGGAGGUGCUGGGUCAGGGGUUUGAGGAGGACUACAAAGCAGAGGGUCAGGCCAGUACCCUGGACCAGGAGGUCCCAUACCCAAAUGAGGAGUACAUCUUUGGGGAUUUCACAGAGCGUCUGUGGGCCUAUCUGACCAUCCAGCAGUUACUGGAUAAGAGUAAGAGUGGUGACCCAGCGGAGAAGGUCAACGCCACAGCCAAGGCACUGGAAAUGUCUCUGCAGUACAACUUUGUCACACCACUGACCUCCAUGGUGGUCACCAAACCUGAGACAGAGGAAACAGGACCUCUCAUUGCAGACAAGCUGACUGAAGAGGAAAGACAGCAGGCAGAGAGGAACAGGAACAGGUAUCAACAUGUACCUCCUGUAUUUAGUAGCUAUCAACAUACCUACCAUGCACCACCAACACAAUAUGUGGAUGGAGACCCUCAUUUCAUUAUCGAGCUGCCAGAGAAGAAUGAUGCGCUGUGCUUCAACAUCAACGACAAACCAGGAACCAUUUUCACACUGAUUAAAGACACAAAGUCAGGUGUUGUUGUCAACGGUCAGACAAUUGGAGACAAGAAAAUCCCCCCUGAUGGUAAAAUAAACACCUAUUUCUGGAGGUUUGGCAUCACCCACAAGACUCUCAGGGUGAAGCUGGAGGUGAGCACCAGUGACAUCAACGUGUUUCAGGACAGUAAAUGGAUGACCAUGUAUUGGUCCAACUCAAUCUCUCUCAAAGGAACCAACAUGGAUCUUCAUGUGACCAAGGACCGCAGUCUAACAGUUACACUGAAAGAUUCAGUCAAGUUUGUGAUCCUGCUCCACAAAGUGUGGGCCAAACAUCCAUACCAUCAGGAUUACUUGGGUUUUUAUACUGUGGACAGUCAUCUCCUCUCCCCUGCUGUUCACGGCCUUCUGGGUCAGUUCUACCAUGGUGUAGAAUAUGAGGUGUCCGAGCUGCGUCCAGGAGAGGUCCCAGAGAAACCUGAUGCCACCAUGUAUGUGAAAGGACAUGAGCUGAAUGUGACCAGAGGCUGGCAGAGAGACUUCAGACAGGAUAUAAAGAAUGGAGAAAAUGUUCCCUGCUGGUUUGUUCACAGUAAUGGAACAGGCCUCAUUGAUGGAGAUGCUUCAGACUACGUCGUGUCAAGUCUGUUUUAAAAAGUCUGUUUAUAUUUCAAUUUCAAACCAUUUUUAACUUGCACAUUAACAUUGGAAUGAUGAAUUAUAAUUAAAAUACAUUAUCAACUCA